AUGUCGGAGUACGAUAAUAUUGUGGUUGGUUCCCUGCGCUUGCGCAAGGGCCAGGGGAUUAAGAAAAAAAAGAAAAAGCAUCAUAAACACACUACAGUGGUCGAUAUUCCACAUGAUGACGUAAGGACUGACGAAUUGGCUGAGCACGAAUCACCCGAGAAGGCAGAAAAGACGAAAAUGAAAUCUCAUGAUCAGAGCCAUCUAACAAAAGCGCAACGCGAAUGGGAGAAAAGAAGGGAAAAACGAAUUGUUGAGAAUGCUCUUUCAAAGGCAGUUAAGUCGCAUAAGCAGCGAAUUAUUGAACUAAAUAAUCACCUUGAAACUCUGACAGAACACUUUGAUAUUCAGAAAGUUUCUUGGACCAAAUAA